UUUGAAUGGUGUGGGUUUGGCCGCCGCUACCAGCUUCGCAAGCACAGGCGCUCGUUUUAAACCCAGAAUACGGAAAAAGAGAGGCCUCCGCGUCCAGGAACACUGAAAAAAGAGCAGCGGCUCAUGAUGUAGCGGCUUUUGGAGUAUUAUGGCAUCUGGAGAUCAUCAUGUUCACAAAGGGGAAUAUGAUCUUGUGGAAGCUUGGUUCUUCCAGUGUCCUAAAUCAAACAUGCUGCCUUCCUGGACCAAGAACAUGAAGGAGGCAUAUUUUUUAAAAGAAGAAAUAGAAGAAGAGUAUUCCACAAAGAAAAGAUCUCCAGUUGGUUUGAAUAUAUAUAACAGCUUUAAGGUGAAGAAAGGUCUGGUAUUCAGAAAGAAAGGAACGCGCCAGGCUGUGCAUACCAGUGCAGAACUAAAGCAGCCCCUUGUCCGCUGGGGCUGUGACAUGGCAAACAAGGAAAAUGAACUGUCCUGUGCAGGUAGCCUACAUGAACGACUGCACAACGAUCGCUACUCAUUAGCUCUGAGCUCUGGAGAAACCACUAAAAUGGAUGGAGCAGUGUCAAAAUAUAAUGAUUAUUUGGCGGAGAUAUCUAAAGAUCAUGAUACAAUGACACAAGUGCUCUUCGGAAGAAACUUAAAACUGAAUGUAGCUCUCACUCUGUGGAGGAGAAAUGCUGGUGAACUUGUUGCCUACCUGAUAAGAAUUCAGGAUACGGGAGUGCUUGUAGAUUGUUUACCUGUAAUUACUAAAAGCCUUCAAGAGGAGAAGCCAUGCAUGUCCGUUGGUUGCUGUGUCGACCUUUUUCCACUAGUCAAAAAUAUGCUAAGAAGCUCAUUUGAAGAAUACUUGGUAGUUGGUUUACACUGGGUUCAGUCAGUUAUUAAAAAAUGGUGGCCAGAGCUGUCUGAGAAAGGAAAAUGUACAAGUGAUGGACACCCAGAAGACAGGAAUAUUCAAGUAAUGAAGAAGCACCUGCAUGAAUUAUGGGAGCAUGGCUGUCAUUUAUGUUUUGCUCCAGGAACUACUGGUGAAUUAGCAAAGGAUAUUGAAUCGUAUUUAUCACAGCUGCGCUGACACAUGACUCAACAGAAGAAACCACUACAUGCAUGGCCCAGAGGUCCAUAGCCGGCGUUGACAGUGACUCUGAACCGGCAAAUAAUGAGUGGGACUGCAACAAAACAAAACUAAAUCGCUUCAAGAGUGCACCUCCUCCAAAUUGUCCCCCAUCAGCUUGAUUAGAAGGACUACUUCACAUUGAAGUGGUGAAUCUGCUGAAUUAUUUUUAAAGUGGACGACACAUGGGCAGUAAGAGACACUAAGCAAGCCAUUGUUUAAAAGGACACUGCUUAAGUCUGGGAGGUAAAUAAAGCCUUAGAGGUGCCAAUGUGUGUUCCUGUCUGCUUGGUGUGUUGGGCAGUGCGUUUGUAUAGAAUGUAUUAAUAAACUUUUCCAGGUUUCAAAUCUC